AUGGGGGGUGAGGUUGAAGAGGGGUCUGGGGGAGGCGAAUUACAGGUGGGGGAGGGGGAAAGACAGGCCAGAGUGGCACGGAGGGAGGAAGUGGAAGAGUGGGAGUCAGAGGGAAUAACAAAGAGAGCUACAGCCCAGACAGAUGCAACUGUAGAGGCAGAGGGACAGAGAGAGAAAGGUCAGGAGAGGGCCAGCCUCACACAGGCACAGAGUGGAGCAGCAGGAAGAGGGGGGGGGAAGAAAGUGUGGCAGGGGGAUGAAAGCACACAGGAAGAAGAAGAGGAGGAAAAACACAGUUCAAGGGGAGAGAGAAGUCUGAAAAGGCAGAUAGUGGAAGAUGCAGGUGAGAAGGACAGAGAGAAAGAGGUUUUGGUGGUGGGGCGCGCUCGCCGAGCUGCCAACAGACACCCUCACUUUUCCCAGUAUAACUUCCAAGUGCAGGUUCCAGAAAACCAGCCCCCAGGCACCUCAGUCAUACCAAUGUCAGCCACCGACCCAGACGCAGGUGACGCAGGCAGGCUCAGCUACACCAUGGCCCCUCUCAUGAACAGCAGAUCCACUGACUACUUCCACAUCGACCCUGACACGGGCCUCAUCACCACCUCCCAGGUGCUGGACAGGGAGCACAUGGACCUGCACUACUUCCGGGUUACGGCGUCAGACCACGGCUCUCCACGCCUUUCUGGCACCACCAUGGUGGCAAUCACCGUGGCCGACCGCAAUGACCACUCGCCCAUCUUUGAGCACACAGAGUACCGGGAGACCAUCCGGGAGAACGUGGAAGAGGGCUACCCCAUCCUGCAGCUCCGAGCCACUGACCUGGAUGCCCCGUCCAACGCCAACAUCCGCUACCGCUUCAUAGGAGACACCGCUGCUGCCGCCCGGGCCGCAUUCGAGAUCGAUCCCCGCUCAGGGCUGAUCACCACGCGGGGCGUGGUCGACCGGGAGACCAACGAGCGCUACACACUCCACGUGGAGGCCAGCGACCAGGGAAGGGAGCCCGGGCCGCGCUCGGCCAUCGUUAAGGUCUUCAUCACGGUGCUGGACGAGAACGACAACGUGCCCCAGUUCAGCGAGAAGCGCUAUGUGGUGGCAGUCAGGGAGGACGUCCGGCCCCACUCUGAGAUCCUGAGGGUGAGCGCUACGGACCAUGAUAAGGAUAGCAACGCGGCCGUCCACUACAACAUCAUCAGUGGGAACAGCCGGGGCCAGUUCUCCAUCGACAGUGUGACAGGGGAGAUCCAGGUAGUUGCCCCUCUGGACUUCGAGGCAGAGAGGGAAUACACUCUGAGGGUCCGAGCCCAGGACAACGGCCGGCCACCGCUCUCCAAUAACACAGGUAUCAUCAGCGUGCAGGUGACCGACGUCAACGACAACCCUCCCAUCUUUGUGUCCACGCCGUUCCAGGCGUCAGUGCUGGAGAGCGCCCCCGUGGGAAGCUCCAUCCUCCACAUCCAGGCCAUCGACACCGACUCUGGGGACAACGCCCGUCUGGAGUACAGGCUGACUGGCACCAGCCCUGACACGCCCUUCGUCAUUAACUCUGCAACCGGCUGGGUUACGGUCAGUUCGGCCCUCGACCGGGAGUCUGUGGAACACUUCUUCUUUGGGGUGGAGGCUAGAGACUAUGGCAUCCAACCUCUCUCCGCCACAGCCAGCGUGACUAUAACAGUGAUGGACGUCAAUGACAACAGGCCAGAGUUCCUGCAGAAAGAGUACUUUGUGAGGCUCAACGAGGACGCGGCUGUGGGCACCAGUGUGGUCGUUGUGACCGCGGUCGACCGUGAUGUCAACAGUGCGGUCACCUAUCAGAUCACGGGGGGCAACACCCGUAACCGCUUUGCUAUAAGCACAGCCGGGGGAUCGGGGAUGAUCUCUCUAGCACUGCCGCUCGACUACAAACAGGAGCGCCGCUACGUUCUGACUGUGACCGCUUCUGACCGCACGCUACAUGACACAUGCCAGGUCCACGUCAACAUCACGGACGCCAACACGCACCGGCCCGUGUUCCAGAGUGCUCACUACUCGGUGACCGUGAACGAGGACCGCCCCCCGGGCAGCACGGUCGUGGUCAUCAGCGCCACGGAUGAUGACGUUGGCGAGAACUCUCGCAUCACCUACUUCCUGGAAGACAACAUCCCCCAGUUCCGCAUCGACCCAUCCAGCGGAGCCAUCACCCUGCAAGCCGAGCUGGACUACGAGGACCAAAUGACCUACACUCUGGCCAUCACCGCCCGGGACAACGGCAUCCCACAGAAGUCUGACACCACCUACGUAGAGGUGAAUGUGAACGAUGUGAACGACAACGCACCACAGUUCCUCAGCCCCAGGUACCAGGGCACUGUCAGUGAAGACGCCCCACCCUUCACUAGCGUCCUACAGAUAUCCGCCAUGGACCGAGAUGCCCAUGCCAAUGGCCGCGUCCAGUACACCUUCCAGAAUGGGGAGGACGGUGAUGGAGACUUCACCAUAGAGCCCACAUCGGGCAUCGUACGCACGGUCCGUCGUCUGGACCGCGAGAGUGUCCCAUUCUAUGAACUGACGGCGUACGCCGUGGACCGUGGUGUGCCUCCACAGCGGACGCCCGUCCACAUUCAGGUGACGGUUCUCGAUGUCAACGACAAUGCGCCUGUGUUCCCGGCGGACGACUUUGAGGUUCUAGUGAAGGAGAACAGCGCUGUGGGGUCGGUGGUGGCCCAGAUCACAGCCACAGACCCAGACGAGGGGGCCAAUGCCCAGAUCAUGUAUCAGAUCGUAGAAGGCAACAUCCCUGAGAUCUUCCAGAUGGACAUCUUCUCCGGGGAGCUCACCUCCCUCAUAGACCUGGACUAUGAGGCCCGCUCCGAGUACGUGAUCGUGGUCCAGGCCACCUCAGCCCCCCUGGUGAGCCGGGCCACGGUGCGCAUCCGGCUGGUGGACCAGAACGACAACCGGCCCCAGCUCCAGGACUUCCAGAUCAUCUUCAACAAUUUUGUGUCCAACCGCUCCAACAGUUUCCCCAGUGGGGUGAUCGGCCGGGUGCCGGCCCAUGACCCUGAUGUGUCAGACCGCCUGUACUACUCCAUUGACCAGGGAAACGACCUGCACCUGCUACUGCUCAACCACAGCAGCGGGGAGAUCCGGCUGAGCCGCAAGCUGGACAAUAACAGAGCCUUGGUGGCCCCCAUGCUCAUUACUGUCACAGACGGUAUCCACAGUAUCUCGGCCCAGUGCAUCCUCCGAGUGCUCAUCAUCACAGAGGACAUGUUGAGCAGCAGCGUGACGGUGCGCCUUCAAAACAUGUCCCAGGACCACUUCCUGUCCCCUCUGCUUGGUCACUUCCUGGAGGGGGUGUCGGCGGUGCUGUCCGUCCCUCCGGAGGACGUGUUUGUUUUCAAUAUCCAGCCGGACGGCGAGGCGGGGGGAAUACUGAAUGUUAGUUUCACUGCGGCGCUGCCCGGGGGUAACUUUUUCCCCUCUGAAGCCCUGGAAGAGCAACUCUACCUCAACCGGCCACACCUCACCUCCCUGGCACAGAUGGAGGUGCUCCCGUUCGAUGACAACGUGUGUCUGCGGGAGCCGUGUCAGAACUACAUGAAGUGCAUCUCGGUGCUUCGCUUCAACAGCUCUGCUCCCUUCAUCUCCUCUCCCUCCGUCCUGUUCCGGCCCAUCCACCCCAUCGCCGGGCUGCGCUGCCGCUGCCCCGCAGGCUUCACUGGGGACUACUGCGAGACGGAGAUCAACCUGUGUUACUCCAACCCUUGUUUCAACGGAGGGGUGUGUGCUCGCAGGGAGGGAGGCUACACCUGUAUCUGCAGAGAAGACUACACCGGCGAGCGGUGUGAGUGGGACAGGCGUCAGGGCCGCUGUGUCCCUGGGGUGUGUAGGAAUGGAGGGAUGUGCAGGGAGCUGUCUGGAGGGGGGUUCCGCUGUGAGUGCCCUGGAGGGGGGUACGAGCGGCCCUACUGCGCUGUCACCGCACGCUCCUUCCCCCCCAAGUCCUUUAUCAUGUUCCGAGGCCUCCGCCAGAGAUUCCACCUCUCCAUCUCUCUCACCUUUGCCACCCUGGAGAACAGUGGCCUCCUCUUCUAUAACGGCCGCUUCAACGAGAAACACGACUUCCUGGCUCUGGAGAUCUUAGAGGGCCAGGUGGUGCUCAAGUACUCCACAGGUGAAUCGUCCACUCAGGUGAGCCCCUUCCUACCUGGGGGCGUAGCCGAUGGCAACUGGCACACUGUCCACAUCCAUUACUACAACAAGCCCAAGCGUAGUGUGAGUGGGGAGGCCCAGGGUCCGUCUGAUGAGAAGGUGGCGGUGGUCAGUGUGGAUGACUGUGACACGGCCGUGUCGCUACGCUUCGGAACGCAGCUCGGCAACUACAGCUGUGCUGCUCAGGGCAAGCAGACCAGCUCCAAGAAAUCUCUGGAUCUCACCGGUCCCUUGUUUUUGGGCGGAGUGCCCAACACGCCUGAUAAUUUUCCAUUCCACACCCGCGAGUUUAUCGGCUGUAUGAAAGACCUCCACAUCGACAACAGUCCUUUGGACCUGGCUGGAUACAUCGCUAACAAUGGAACCCUACCUGGCUGUAGUGCCAAGAUGCCCUUCUGUAAAUCCAACCCGUGUCAGAAUGGAGGAACGUGCCAAGUGAGCUGGGAGACCUUCUCAUGUGACUGCCCCCUAGGUUUUGGAGGGAAGGACUGCAGCCAUGUGAUGCCCCACCCACAUCGUUUCCUGGGAAACAGUGCCCUCUGGUGGGACCUGAAGAAUGACGUGACCAUCUCCACUCCCUGGUACCUGGGGUUGGUGUUCAGGACGCGGGCCAGGGAUGGCACCCUGCUGCAGGCACAGGCCGGACAGUACACCAGCCUGGUCUUCCAGCUGGUGAGUGGACAGCUGGUGUUCUCAGUGACCAAGGGGUCGACGCGGCCGGUGCGUCUGCGUCUGGACCAGGUGCAGGUGAGCGACGGGCGCUGGCAUGACCUGCAGUUGGAGCUCCGAGACGUCCGCAGCGGGAGGGAGACGCGCUACGUGGCUACUGUCCGCCUCGACUUCGGCCUCUUUCAGGGCACAGUGAUAGUGGGGAAUGAGAUCCAUGGGCUGAAGGUGAAACACCUUCAUGUGGGCGGAGUCCUGGGCUCGGGGGAGGUGCAGAAUGGGAUACGGGGCUGCAUCCAGGGGGUUCGUUUGGGGGUGCGACCAGAUGCCCCGCCCCUACCCCGCCCUUCCAAGGCUGUCAAAGUGGAGACGGGCUGUAGCGUUGGCAACCCCUGUGUCUCCUCCCCCUGCCCGCCCCACAGCCGUUGUAGUGAUGAUUGGGAACGCCACACCUGUCUGUGCGAACCAGGUUUCUAUGGUAAGGGCUGCAAAGACGCGUGCCAGCUGAACCCGUGUGAGAACAAUGCCCAGUGCCACAGGAAGCCCAGCUCAUCCCACGGAUACAUCUGUGACUGUGGAGACAACCACUACGCACAGUACUGUCAGCACAGGAUUGACCACCAAUGUCCACGUGGUUGGUGGGGCUCUCCAACAUGUGGGCCCUGCCACUGUGAUGCCAGUAAAGGAUUCGACCCCGACUGCAACAAGACCAGCGGCCAGUGUCACUGCAAGGAGUUCCACUACCACCCGCGGGGCAGUGACUCCUGCCUGCCGUGUGACUGCUACCCUGUGGGCUCCUUCUCCCGGUCAUGUGAACCAGAGAGUGGCCAGUGCCAGUGUCGGGCUGGCGUGAUUGGUCGACAGUGCAACAUGUGCGACAACCCCUUUGCUGAGGUCACACAGACAGGCUGCGAAGUCAUCUAUGACGGCUGUCCUAAGACCAUCACCCUGGGGAUCUGGUGGCCCAGGACUAAGUUCAACCUGCCAGCAGCCGUACCUUGUCCUAAAGGAUCUGUGGGUGCUGCUGUCAGACACUGUGACGUGGAGAGGGGCUGGCUGGAGCCAGAUCUCUACAACUGUACCUCUCCUCCCUUUGUGGAGCUCAAUGCAGCGCUGGAGUCAGUGGAGCGGAACGAGACAGAGCUCAGUACCAUCAUCGAGAAGAAACUGGCCCACCAGCUCCGUGAUGUCACGGAAGCAACACCCCGUCUCUACGGCAAUGACCUUCAGAUUGCAGAGCGGCUACUGUCCCGCCUGUUGACCUUUGAGAGUCUGCAGACGGGCUUCGGCCUGACCGCCACCCAGGACGCACACUUCAACGAGAAUGUUCUGCGGGGCUGCAGUGCGGUGCUGGGUCCCGGCAGUGCAGGGUUAUGGCGGGCCCAGAGCCAGGUCCAGGGAGGGGCAGGGGGGCUGGCUGACCUGCUGGAGCAGUAUGCCCAGACCCUGGCCCAGAACAUGAAGCUAACCUACCUGAACCCAGUGGCCCUGGUCGCCCCCAACAUCGUGAUGAACCUUGACCGCGUGGAGAACCACACCCACGUGCGCAGACGUUUCCCUCGCUACCACAGCCCUCUGUUCCGCGGCCAGGCUGUCUGGGACCCCCACACACACGUGGUGCUGCCCCCUGCUGCCCUGGUGCCACAACGACACCAGUUUUCAGCUUCACAGAACACAGCUCCCGCCCCCAUCAGUAUGUCGGCCAAUCAGACAGGAGAAUAUGCUGCGGCCAGCCGUUCUGUUUCGCUGCCGGAGCCGCCCGUCACCAUCGUCAUCAUGUUGAUCUAUCGUAGCCUUGGAGCGGCACUCCCCCCCAAGUACCACACUGACAGACGAGGAGUCAGACUCCCCAGACAUCCUGUAAUAAACUCUCCAGUGGUCAGUGUGUCUGUCUACAACAACCAGACGUUUGUCGGGGGUCCGCUGGACUCGCCCCUGCAGCUGGAGUUCCACCUGCUGGAGACCGCCAACCGCAGCAAGCCCCUGUGUGUCCAGUGGAACCACAGCAGCCCGUUGGAGGUGGGAGGUUGCUGGACAGUGAGGGACUGCAUCGUAGUAUACAGGAACACGUCCCACGUGCGUUGCCAGUGUCAGAGGCUGGGCACCUUUGGUGUCCUAAUGGACAGCUCCCAGAGAGAACAGCUGGAGGGGGAUCUGGAGACUCUGGCCCUGGUCACCUACUCCUCUCUGUCUGUGUCUAUGCUGGCGCUGCUGCUGACCGUCCUGGUGCUGUCCUGCCUCAGGGGCUUAAAGUCCAACACCCGCUCCAUCCACUCCAACAUGGCCGCCGCCAUGCUGCUCUCUGAGCUCGUCUUUCUGCUCGGCAUCAACCAGACCGAGCAGCAGUUCCUGUGUACGGUGGUGGCUAUCCUGCUGCACUAUUUCUUCAUGGCCAUGUUUGCCUGGCUUUUUGUGGAAGGGCUCCAUAUAUACCGCAUGCAGACAGAGGCACGCAACAUCAACUAUGGAGCCAUGAGGUUCUACUAUGCCAUCGGGUGGGGUGUACCUGCCAUCAUCACAGGUUUGGCGGUAGGGCUGGAUCCUGAGGGCUAUGGCAACCCAGACUUCUGCUGGAUCUCCAUCUAUGACAAACUCAUCUGGAGCUUCGCUGGACCCAUCGCCAUCGUCAUCCUGAUAAACGGUGGGAUGUUUCUGAUUGUGGCGCGCAUGUCCUGCAACCCCUCCCAGAAAGAGACCAAGAAACUACCUGUCAUUGGCACUAUACGCAGUGCCUUCCUCCUGCUGCUCCUGGCCACCUCUACCUGGUUCUUUGGGCUGAUGGCUGUCAACAACAGUAUUCUGGCCUUCCAUUACAUCUUCAUUGUACUAUGCUUACUGCAGGGUCUUGCUGUGUUCCUGGUGUUCACGGUACUGAACGCCGAGGUGCAGGAGGUCUGGAAGUUGUCGUGUCUGGGUAGGAAGAGCCCCAACGAGGACACGCCCAGAGCCCCACAAAUCCCUGGUCAAAACCCCUACAACAAUGCGUCGUUGCUGGAGCAGAGCGGACUGCACCGCAUCACCCUGGGAGCCUCCACUAUCUCCUCUGUCAGCAGUGCUCGAGAAAACCUGCUGGCCCGCCAGACCUUGGAACACAAUCUGGGACACACUGGCGCCACAGACCUGGACGUGGCCAUGUUCCAUAGAGACGGAGGUGAGGACUCGGACUCAGACUCAGAUCUCUCUUUAGAAGAGGAACAUAGUCUCUCCAUCCCCUCCUCCGAGAGUGAGGACAACGUUCGUCUCCGUGGACGCAUCCAGCGACGCUUCAAACGCACCAAUCACAGUGAGCGGCUUCUCACAGAGCCCGCCCACAACGGCACCAAAGACCUGGAUGGCAAUGAUCUGCUCUCCUAUUGGCCAGCACUGGAGGAGAGCGAGGUCCACUCCCUGCAGAAGUGGGGCUCAGAGCGCCGCCUAGUGGCUGACUAUAGCAAGGACACCGCCAACAACAACCAGCCUGAGACUGUGCUGACCAGCGGGGACGAGAACGGCCUGACAGGACAGCCCAACCGCCACCGCAAGGGCAUCUUGAAGAACCGCAUUGACUGUCCCCCGGCCCUGCAGGGUCUCUCCACCAUGGGUCAGGCCCCCAGCGAACUCUCCUGGUACCGCACCUCCACCCUGGGCCACAGGGGUGUCCCGGCAGCCUCCUACGGUCGCAUGUACUCUGGGACAGGCUCCCUGUCUGGCACGGGCUCCUUGUCCCAGCCCGCCUCCCGGUACUCCUCCAGGGAGCACUUGGACUCUCUGGCCCGCCGCCAGCUCUCCAGAGACCCCCUGGGCCGCCAGGCUGGAGGAGGGUCCCAGAACCGUCUGGACCGCCAGGGUCCCCGGGACAACCUGGACCUGCUGCCCCGCCGGCGUGAGCCGGGCCUAGACAGAGCCUCCAGGGAGAACCUGAGCAGCUCCAGAGACAGGCUGGAUGUCCACCAGCACAGCACCCACGCCUCCCAGGAGGACUUGAGUGGGAAUGGGGGUGUGGAGCCCGGUCUGGGGGGGUCGCGCUCCCAGCUCAACACCCUGACACGGCGCCAGGCCUCCUCCCGUGAACACCUAGGAGGAGCGCUGAUGAGCAGCCGCUCCCGCGAGCAGCUGGAGGCCAACGGGAGCGGCGGGGUAACCCAGUCCCAGCCCUGCAGGGAGUGGCUUCGCACCCUGCCCCCCCGCCAGCCCUCGCACCCCGACCAGCCCCCGCCCUCCUCCCCUCCUCCCCCCAUCAGCGAGGAACCCCAGGAGCCCCCCCUACCCCGCCGCGGCCGGCUGGACUCUGCCCCCCAGUGUAGGUUUCCCCUCCCUGCCCCCGGCGCCCCCCCCAGCCGCCACCCGUCCAGCGAGCACCUGGACAUCCUUUCCUCCAUCUUGGCCUCCUUCAGCUCCUCCGUGCUCACACCCCCAGCCCCCUCGUCAGCACAGGGACCCUCCCCCUCCCCGCCCCACUCCGCCACCUCCCACAGCAUCUCUGAGGUCUCCCCAGACUCUGAGGCUAUGACAGGCAUGCCGGCGACCACCUGCUCCUGGCGCCGGUGCAGCGCCUGGCGGCUCUCCACCUUCAGCCUCUUCCACAGGGUCUUCAUGGUGCCCACCGAGCUGGGUGGCCGGUCGGGGAAGGCGGCGUUGAAGGCUUCCACCACCUCGCCCCACACGGCGUUGCGGUGCACAGUGGUGUUGGUGUCCUUCCUGAAGUCCUGUGAGGGUCCGAUCCUGACAGUGUACAGCCUCCAAUCUCAGCCCAAAGCCUUCACCUCACUGAGCGUGCUCCUCAACUACCGCAUCCAUGGGAUUCGUCCCAAACCACAGACAGGAAAUAGACGGACCAGUGACCCAGAGGAUGAUGUGGUAGUGUUUGGGGGGAAGGCUGUGCGCCUGCUGAGGCUGAGUGCUGGAGGGCAGAGGCUGGAGCUGCUGGGCCCCCUCAUGGAGCUGCAGGACUGGGCCCUGGAUGUCCGCUGGGUCUCUGGAGAGAAAGGGCUACUCGGCGUGGCUCUGGCCCACAAUGCUGCUCUGUUGCUGGACCCUGUUGAGGGCCGCGUCCUGGCCCUCUGCUCUUGCCAGGAGGGGUGUUUGCUGUACACCGCCCUGCUUCUGGGUGGGACCUGGGAGGACUCUGUCCUGGUGGGGGGGACCGUGUUCAACCAGCUGGUGCUCUGGAGGCCAGGAGUGGCACAGCCAGACGGGAAGGCCCCAGUGGAGAGGCGUCUGCCAGGUCACAGUGGUGUUAUCUUUAGCCUCUGUUACCGCCGGGAGACUGGCUGGCUGGCAUCCGCCUCGGACGACCGCAGUGUGAGGGUCUGGGGGGUGGGGGACCUGGGGGGUGCUGGAGGGGGGUGUGGAGACCCCAGCCCGACGUGUCUGCGGGUGCUGUAUGGACACCAAGCCAGGGUUUUCUCCGUCAAGCUGUCCCCUGGACGGGUGUACAGCGCUGGGGAGGACGGGGCCUGUCUGCUGUGGGACUGGGGAGGUGGGGGGAGGGUGGCUCGGACACUGAAAGGCCACCGGUCCGGGGGGGUGAGGGCACUGGCGGUCAGUGAAGGAGGGGAGGGCCGGGGCAGGUGGGUGGCCACCGGAGGGGCAGAUGGAGGGAUCCGCCUGUGGCGGGUGGGGGGUGAGGAGGAGAAGGGGGAGGCUGAGCAAGGGGAAGCGGAGAGCCUGGUGGACCUGGGCUUCCAGGGCCGAGGCGUGCCGAAAGUGGUUGGUGUGGUGGGGGACGGGCACUGGAUCCAGGGCAGGGUGGUGGUGAACACAGACCAUGGGGAGGUCUACCUCUAUGAGGGGGGGCAGUGGGGUCUCCUAUGGGAGGGGGGUCCUGAGUUCCAGUCCUACUGUGUAAUGGUGGUGCUAAAGGUGAGGGGUUGGGGGGCAGCUGCGUCCAGGGAGGGGCUGUGUGCUGUAGGCAGCCUCAGUGGAGGAGUGCAGGUCUUCCCCCUGUCUCAGCCUGGCGCGGGGGUGUUGCUGAGGGCAGGGCCAGGGAAAGUCCACAGUGUGCUGUGGGUGAAGGGCCAGGCAGAGGGGCAGAGGCAAGGGGGGUACCUGCUGGCAUCCGGAGCAGAGGGGCUGGUCCAUCGUUGGCAGGUGGAGGUAGAGAUGAGAGACACUGGACUGGCUCUCAGGGUGGAACCUCUCUCUCCUCUCCUUCUGCCUCCCUGUGCCAAACGCUGGCUCACUGCUGUAGUUUACCUCAACCGCCCACAGGGGGCACUGUGGGUAUGUGGAGACAGGAGAGGGUCACUGCUGCUGUUUGAAGAGAGUGAACACCAUCAAGAGAAGAAGAGGGGAGAUGGAGAAGAGCACGAGGAUGAAGAGAUAGGAAGAGAGGCACAUAAUGGGAUGGUUGGAAGCAAUGAUGAAAAGGGGGAUGUGAUAGUCAGAGAGGGGGGUGAGGAGAGAGAGGCCAGCAGGGCAGGGCUGACCCUCCAGCCUGUGAGCUCUCUGUUUGGGGUGCACGGGAAGCAGGGGGUGACGUGGGUGUGUGAGCACCGGGGGCUGCUGUACAGUGCGGGGAGAGAUGGCUGUGUGAGGGUCCUCCGUGUCGGACCAGAGGGACUGGAGGUUUUGAGGGUCCAGCGGGCCUGCAAGGGGAUGGAGUGGCUGGAGAGAGUUCUGCUUCUGGAUCCCCAGGGCUCAGAAGAGGACCAGAGGGUCCAGGAACCAGAAGGGACUGGGAGUGGGAAAGAGGCCCGCUUUGUGAUCGUGGGCUUCCACUCGGUUCACUUUGUGGUGUGGGACCCUGUGAGGCAGGAGAGGCUGCUGUCAGUGCCCUGUGGAGGAGGCCAUCGGUCCUGGUGCUACUGCCCCCACCAGGAUGGCCUCUCUACGGGCCAGGGGGCACUGGUGUUCAUCAAGCAGGGGGUGGUCCUGGCCUCUGAACCCUCUGGUGAGGCACCCAGCCGGGCAGGGAGCCUGGGCCUGAGACAGGGGCUGCACGGCAGGGGAGUGGGCUGUGUGUGUCGCUUGGGGGUGGUGGGGGAGGCUGGAGAGGGCCACUGGGAGGUGCUGGUGACAGGAGGAGAGGACACCAGCUUGACCGUCCUGGCGGUCCGACCGCAGACGGGCGCAGUCAGAGUGCUGUCGGUCAUCACCGACCACAUCUCGAAUGUUCGGACUCUGACAUCAGUCAAACGUUUGGAUGGAAGGACUGACAGAGGGACAGAUGAACAGACAGCAACACAGUCCCUCUCUGCACUGCUGGUAUCUGCAGGUGGGCGGGCACAGAUGCAGUGCUACCGGCUGCUGAUUGGAGAAAAUGGACAGUUAGGCUUGCCCUCCUGUCAGGUGAUACAGGUGGCCAGCCACCGAUUGGACGAUCAGUGGGAGAGAAUGCGGAACCGACACAAGACUGUGAAAAUGGACGCAGAAACCAGGUACAUGUCCAUUGCCGUGGUGGAUGAUGGGACAGAGUCAGUCCUCCUGGCAUUGGCCUGCAGUGAUGGAGCUGUGAGGCUCUUCUCAGUCAGUGAGGUGAGGGGGAAGUUUGAGCUCCUGUGGGAGAGUUUCCACCACCAGAGAUGUGUACUCAGCAUCGCCACCUGCAGCCUGGAGGAUGGACAGGGCAAUCGAUGUGUGUUCCUCUUCAGCGCAGCCACAGAUGGAAGGAUAGCAGUGUGGGAUAUGAGCACCAUGGCCAACUCAGAAGACAAGCCCCAUACUGUGGCCCUAGCCCCAACCAGCCCCUGUCUAACAGUCCCCGCCCACCAGAGUGGAGUCAACACCCUGGCCGUAUGGGAGGAGGGCCUGGGGGCGGGACAUACAGACGGAGCCCGGAUAACAUUGGCUAGUGGAGGAGAUGACGGACAGCUGUCAGUGGCACUCAUCAGGGUGCAGUACCUGGGGGAGGAGGUAGAGGGCAGCAGAGUGUAUCUACAGCUCCAGUCUCAGUGGUCAGUGGCUUUAGCCCACGCUGCCCCUCUGACCGCCCUGAGGAUGCUGAGCCCAGGCCUGUUAGUGUCCACAUCCCCUGACCAGAGGGUGUGUCUGUGGAAGCUGGCCAGUACCGGACUCAGCCAACAAGGAGCGCUCAUCUCCCAUGUGGCAGAUGCAGCAGGGCUGGAGGCCACACGGAGGAAGCGCACCCAGCCGGCCCAGACCUCUGCCAACAUCCCCCCUGACAACAUGACCCCGUGGGGCGGGCUGUCCCUGUCCGAAUCCUCCUUCACUAGCAUCCCUCCGCCCCCACCCCCGCCCGCCCCUCUCCCCACAGCCCUGUCCCCCCAACUCCCCCGACACCUGUCAGGGGGUGUAGGUGUCCGGAGCCCUGCCCCCUCGCCCCCAGUCACAGCGCCCACGGAGGGGGGCAGGGCUGUGAGGCAGUGCUGGAGAGUGUUCCUGCGCUGUGCCCUUGACUUCAAGAUGGACAGUAUUAUUCUUAAUCCUCUCCAGCCUGUCCUACCUGAUCACACAGCCAUGCUGGACGAAGCACAGUUGGAUAUACUGGGUCAGCGGUUGGGAAAGACGUCCCGGUCGGUUUGGGAGAGGGUGAAGGCAGAAUGCUGGUGUUCUGGUCCCAGGCUGAAGAGCUGUAUGUUGUCAUUGGUUCCUGUCCUCGCCUGGCUGCCUCGCUACUCCCUCAGAGAAAACGCCAUCGGAGACCUGAUUUCGGGCAUCAGUGUGGGCAUCAUGCACCUACCUGGAGGCAUGUCUAAUGCGUUGCUGGCUGGGGUGCCUCCUGUGUUUGGUCUCUACACCUCUUUCUAUCCAUUGGUCAUCUACUUCAUCUUUGGGACAUCCAGACACAUCUCAGUGGGUACUUUCGGCAUUCUUUCUAUCAUGAUUGGCACUGUGACGGGUAGCGUGGAGUUGCUUAGCAACAGUGUUGAGGAGCAGGACGGCGACAGAGAGAUGGCCAGAGUGUGUGUGGCAGUACAACUUACCUUCCUUUGUGGCCUUAUACAGAUAGUGUUGUUCUUGUUGAGAGGAGGGGAUGUGUGUCACUGGCUGUCUCAGCCCCUGGUGAGCGGCUAUACCACGGCAGCAGCCCUCCAUAUCACCAUCCACCAGCUGCCUCUACUCGUUGGCAUCUCAUCCGACAGACACAGCGGUUUCCUGGCUGUAGGCUGGACGCUGGUUGAUGUGCUGUCUAGAGUGACUAACGCAACGCCUGGGACGCUGGUCGUCUCCGCCGUCUCCAUGGGGAUCCUGGUGGGAGGCAAGAUGCUGAAUAGACUCUUCAAGACCAAGCUACCCAUGCCCAUUCCAUGGGAGCUGGUGCUGAUAAUGCUGGCCACCUUCCUGUCAGUGCAGUUGGAGUUGUCAGGACAACAUAGUGUCCAGGUUGUAGGACACAUACCCACUGGCCUGUCCUCCCCAGCCCUCCCCUCUCUAGCCCAGGUCAAGGAGCUGUUUGGUCCGGCUCUGUCCCUGGCUGUGGUGGGCUUUGGCUUUACCUCCUCCAUGGGCAGAAUAUUUGCCCACAAACAUGGUUACGCCAUGGACAGCAACCAGGACCUGUUGGCGAUAGGCCUCUGCAACACAAUUGGAGGGAUGUUCCAGUGUUUCGCCGUCAGCUGCUCUUUGUCACGCAGUACGGUCCAAGAGAGUGUUGGGGUGAAAACUCAGGCGGCUGGGCUUCUCUCUGCUCUGAUGAUGCUCACCAUCUUGCUGAAGAUUGGACAUCUCUUUGAGCAGCUGCCAAUAGCAGUGUUAGCAGUGGUCAUUGUGGUAAAUCUGCAAGGGAUUCUGGGUCAGUUUCGGGAAGUCCCAGUGCUCUGGGCAUCUGACCGCUUGGACCUGCUGGUGUGGUUGGCCACCCUGAUAUCCACCCUGCUUUUCAACCUGGAUCUGGGCCUGGCUGCUGCUCUGGCCCUCUCUCUGAUCACUGUCAUCUACAGGACUCAACUCUCCCACAGUGCAAUGCUGGGUCAUAUUCCUGGGACUGACUGCUACAGGGACCUACAUCUCUAUGCUGAGGCCAGGCCGAUUCCUGGAGUAACUGUAUUCUCUUGCUCCAACCCUCUGUACUUUGCAAAUGCUGAGCUGUUCUUCAGCUCUCUCAGAAAGUCGGUGCAGCGUGUUCAACUGGAGAAUGCAGCCCUCAUUGAGAUCCAGCCCUUACCUCAAAUGUCAGGAGCAAGGCGCAGUAUGGUGCUAGAGUUUAGCUCAGUCAUCUUCAUGGACUCUGUGUCAAUCAAAGCACUAUGUAAGCUUGUGGAGGAAUUGGAGGAGCAGGGGGUCAAUGUGUUUCUGGCUGCUUGCCAAGACAGGCUGGUGAGUCAGCUGCAGGCCCAGGGCUUCAUCCCAAACACUCUGCCCAGGUCCUGCCUCUUCCCCUCAGUGCACCACGCUGUCCAACACUGCCAGAUAUCUCCUCCCUUGGCUGACCACAACACAGAGCUGAGUGAGUGUUGAUGUGCAGCAUGCAGCUCAUGGAGUGGAUGGGAAAAUGCCACUGUGGAAUUCCUACCUCAAUCAGAAUAUACAGUAGACUGAACUCCCAGCUCAAGCUGGCGUUGCGAUAGGACUAUGAAAAUGCUUUCCUUUGAGCUCAAUCUCUAAUGCUGUAGUUCAAAGUCUUCUUUUGAGCUAUGAAAAGAGAGCAGCAGUACUGUACUACUACUGUACUGCUACUGUACUACUACUGUGUUUCUACUGUACUACUACUGUAC